GGUUAGGGGUCCAUCACCUGCCGUUGAGCCACUGGUUGGCACCUGGGCUUCACCUGACAGCGCGUUAUAGCGGGGCGAUUCUGGGUGGGCUGCGGCGCGCAUCAUAGAGAUUUUUUUGGCAUUUUAUUUUUUCCCCGGCGGGAAAUGGAAUGAAUGCGUGUACGGAUUACUCCGUACGGAGUACCACCUAUUAGUCUGCACGACCUCGUCCCCCGGAACAGAACGUCAAGAUGAUGCGGCGCAGCAGCCAGAGUUAUGUCUGCUGGAGGUGUCUGCUCCCAAGGCAAACGCCUGCCUCCGCGACCGCGACCACGACCGCGACCGCGGCCUUCUCAACACGGGCAGCAACAGCAGCGCCCCGAAAAAACCCGGUGCUGCUCCGGGCCCUCGCCCGCCAUGGCCGUCUCCAGCUCCGUUUCGUGUCCACCGAGAUCCCGGCAUCCCGUACGGCUUCCGACCCGGCCGCCGAUCUGACCGCCGAUCUGACCGCCGACCUGACGUCCGACUGGGUGCAUCAGCCCAGAACCCUACGCUCGCCUUCCCAACAGAGCCGCAUCCGCCAGCAGCUCGGGAUAUGGGAAGCUCAGAACCCGGGUCGCCCCCCCGCCGUUCUCAUCGACGAACCCGCCGCCGGCACCGUCGGCAACACCUACACCAAGAGCCGGGGCGAUCUGACCUUCAGCCUGGAUGUCGCUGCGCAGGAUGACGACUCCACGCGGCCGCACUUUGAUGGCGUCGACAUAGUCGAUCUGGGCCAGACCGGUUCCGUGCUCCAGGCCGGCGACCUCGUCGAAGUCAGCUCGAGCUCGUGGAAGAUCCGUCUCUUGGCCAUCUGCCUCGGCAACUUCAACGGCCAUUUCCACUUCUACACCAACACGGGCAAGUGGUUCACGAGCAGGGCUAUCCGCACCGGCUUUGUCGUCAAAAAGUUUGUCGAGGACCCCGCCGAGCUUCGCGCCGUCGUCGAUGCAAUCCCCUCGCUGUCUCCCUCCAGUGCCGAGCUCAACGAGCUGCAGGACCUCAACAUCGGGCCCUCCCGCGACCUUGCCGCCUCUCUGAUCCGCAAGAUGCACACCUUCCAAGCCGCCUCCCGCCUCAUCCACCAGACCUACGUGGAAAGGCUGAGCCGCGCUCAGACCCAAUUUGGGAAGCGAGAAAGGUUGCUCAGCCUGCGCGAGAUCGCCGACGCUCUGCUUCCCGCCAGCCUCAAGCGGAACAAAGGCGCGUUCCCUCCAGAGGCCUUGUACGCUGUCUACUCCGUCGUCGAGGCCGAGGACGUCGCUUUCAGCGCCCUGGACCGGGGCGCCCGCCAUCACGAGUCCUACAUGUUCGCCCUCCGCUCGGCCGAGGUGCAGGGAAACGUCGCCCAUGUCGAGAAGCUGGUCCGUGACUACUACGAGCUCAGCAGUGGCCGGAGCAAGGCCAGCAAGCGCCACCCCGCAUCCUCGCCCACGUUGACCGGCUUCCUCGAGCAAGCGCGGGACCUGAUAGACCAGGCCCGGAAGGACCGUGACUGGUCACCGCAUGGUAUGAUAAGCCCUUCCAAGGGGCGCGGUUCCGGGCCUUCCGCCCUCAACAUCCCCGCGUGGUCCGAGACUAGUCUCUCCGUGAUCAAGUUCAUGGAGCACUGGGCUGCAGCAGGCGGGUUCCGCUCCGGCUCGCGUUGCCAUUGGAUCGGUGCCUCCAUCUUGCGCGCCCUCCAACGCUACGACGAUGCGAUUCUCGACAGUACCACCGGCUGGACCUUUUUACAGGAGAUAGGCUGGAUCCCCCCGUGGGACGUCAGCGCCCGCCAUGCUCUGCGCCUCCCGGAGCAGCAGCUUGACCGGCACGCCGGGCUUCUGCCGGCCCCGGCCUCGGAAGCUGCGGCUGCGGAGCUUGGCCCUGAUCAGCUUGCCCAUCUCCGGCAGGACUUCGCUCGCUCGACCGUUUACUGCAUAGACUCGGCCGACACCCUCGACGUGGACGAUGGAAUCUCGCUCGAGCCCGCCGGUAACGGCGAGUAUUGGAUCCACAUUCACGUUGCCGAUCCAGCUUCCCGCAUCGCGCCCGACAGCGAGCUUGCUAAGCAAGGAGCCCUGAGAGCGCAGACCAACUAUCUUUCCGGCUUCUAUCAGCGCAUGUUCGACCGCGACGACGUCCGGGAUACCUUCUCCUUGGGCCCCGACCGACCGACCCUUACCUUCAGCGCUCGGGUCGACGAGACGGGUCGUCUGCUCGACAGCAAGGUGACGCCCGGCAUCCUUCGGGAUGUCGUCUACAUCACUCCGGAAGACGUGUCCGCCGUCGUGGGUGAUGCUGAUCCCUCGGCGGUGCCACCCCAAGUCUUCGAAGUCGGGACGCGCCCUACAGGAGACGGUCGCUCCGUGAGGAGCAUGACCACUCCUGACGGCUUGUCGAAAGCGCAGAGGGACGAACUCCUGACGCUAUCCAAGCUUGCCGCGGCCAUCCAGCGCGUCCGUCUGGACAACGGGGCUACCCCCGUCUACCUGCCCAAGCCCAAGGCCGAGGUCUCGCUAGACGGGGUCUCGCCGGGAGUAACCAACGGUGACUCUGCCUUCUACGCCGGCGACCCGUACAUCCGUGUCGCAUACGCCGGUCAAGGCAGCCCUCUCGUCAGCAGCCUGAUGCAGCUGGCCGGUGAGGUCGGCGCUCGCUGGUGCUACGAGCGAGACAUUCCCAUUCCCUACCGCGUGCAGCUGCUGGCCGGCCAGAAUGCGGAGGCGUUACGGGCCUUCAACCGCGACGUCUUCUACCCCCAGCUGCUGGCCGGCAAGAACCCGUCGGCCGAAGACUGGCACACCCUCCGCAGCCUCGUCGGAGGCUACGACGUCUCGACCACCCCGGCGCCCAACCUGUCCAUGGGCCUGGACCUGUACACCAAGGUGACCUCCCCGCUCCGCCGCUACCUCGACCUGCUCGUGCACUGGCAGAUCGAGGCGGCCCUCCUGGAAGAGCACCGCCGCGGCAAGUCCCUGGCCGUCAGGAAGUUCUCAAGCAGCAGCAGAAGCAGCAGCAGCAGCAGCAACGACGCGGCCGGCACCGCCGCGGCUCAGCAAGGAAAAGCGGCAAAGAAGGAGUCGCGCGGCUUCCUGCCCUUCUCCAAGAAGGACCUCGAGGACACCGUCCUCCCGCGCCUGCGCAUCCGCGAGCGCCACGGCAAGCUGCUCGACAACGUCGACGGCAACAGCCAGUGGAUCCUGCAGGCGCUGGUGCGCGCCUGGCGCUUCGGCGAGGGCUCGUCGCCGCUGCCCCGGACGUUCCGCUUCACCGCCUCGGACGUCGUCGGCGGCCGCCUGGUCAAGGGCCGGAUCGACUGGUUCGACCAGCCCGCCACCGUCGAGCUCGGAGACAUGAACGGUGUCGAGAGGAUCGCAAACGUGAAACCCGGUGACGUGUUCGAGGUGGAAUUGUCAAACGUGAAUGUGCAUACCAACCAGAUUUUUGUGAGGCUCCUAAAGAAGGUCUAGAGAGAGAGAGAGAGAGAGAGACACGGUCGGUGCGACGGCGAGAGGAACCGUGCCCGGGGACCGUUUACCCAAACAUCUCUCUUUCAUCCCACCUUGCCCUGUCCUCGGAAGGUUAUAUAUGA